AUGAGAAAUUUUCUUCUCUAAGCCAAAAUCUUUUACAUUUAGCAAUUCCUUACAAUAAAAGGAUUAUGGAAAAAGUCUUUUGAAUUAUCAAUGAUGUUAUUGAUUAUGGAAAAUCUUUAGUUAUUUUCACUAAUAACUCAAUCAAUUAAUGUCCUCAACAAUGCUAAUUAUUUCAAGCCCAUUCAUUCAUUACUUAACUUAUUUCGGUUGUUAAUUUAUGAUAUACAAAUUUAGGCUUUAUUCAAUUGUUGGAGAAUAAAUUGAAGUACAUAUAGGGUAUAUGUUUCUUGGGUUUUUGCUGACGCUCUGCACAUUUAUGUUUUUUAUCCAUUUAAUUGGAAACACAAGGAUUAUUACUAAAAAUAAUUAACAAAUGUUAGAAAUGCCUCUUGAACUUGUAAAUUCGAUCUUUUUAUUAUUUUAGAAUUAGAUAAAAUAAAUUGAGAAAAAUAGAAAAAUAAAAAAGUUCAUUUCCUUAUAUAUGCAAAUAUAUUAAACAAUAAUUAGAAUUCCACUUUAAUAUUCACAUUUUCAUAUAUUAGCAUAAUAUUCACUUACAAGUAUAAUUUAUUUUUAUUAGAUUCACCUACUUAGUUUAUUCUUAUUGGAACUAGUGUGAGUGUUUUUUCAAUCACACUGCAAUUAAUAUUUAGUUUUUUUAUUGAUCUGCAUAGUUUUGAGUUCAAAAUGAAAAAAUAAGAUUUUUUAGGAACAUUUAAUACAUAAAAAGUGCAUAUAAUUUUUGCUUUUCAAACUUUGUUGAUAAUUCUUUUAGGAUUUGAGGUGUAAUCAAUUGUAAUUCAGAUAUUUUAUAUAAUCUUUUUGUUUAUGAAUAUAAUUUUCAGUUACAAUUAGCUUGUAUAUGUUGAAAUUUAAUUUUCAAGAAUAUAAUUACAUAUUUCUUGUUAUAUACUGAUAUAUGAAAUUACUCUCUUAAUUGCAUAAUAUAGAAAUAUUAGUUUUGAAUUGAAUCUUAUAGGAUUGAUGUUGUUUGGUUAUCCUUUUGUCUCAUAUAUUCUUAAAACUAUAAUUGAGAGAUAAAAAUUAAAAUCUUUAAAUUUUUCAUCAUAAUCUUUAGAGAAAUAACUUAGAGUAAUUUAUUAUUUAUUUAAAAAAUAAAUUAAAUUAAAAAAAGAAUAAAGAUCACUAGAUCCUCUUGAAGCUUUAGCUAUGUACUCUUUCAUUUCAAAUCAUUUGAGAUAUUGUUCAUUAAAUAGAGAUAGAAAAUUAUAAAAAUAGAUAAAAAUGAGAUUUAAAUGUUUUUGUGAAGAAUUUGCUGACAGAGAUAAUUUUAAAUUUGAUUCAAUUUAAGAAAUGAAAGUGUUUGCUAAAGAAUUAAUUGCAUAAACUCUAGAAGAUGAAAUAUUAGAAACUUAAGAUACAUAUUUAGCAUUAAUAUAUAUUUACUUUCUUGUUCAAGUUAAAAAAUUACCAACCUAAGCUAUUUAUGAAGUAAUACGACUUUCAUUAUCAUCUUAAGUAAAUUCUUGAUUAUUAUAAAGGAUAUGGCUUUGAAAGAAAAAGCUAUUAUUUAUAAAUUAAAAUAUGAUGCUUUAGAAGAAUUUGAUAGUUUAGUUAAAAAAAAUGAUUUAAAAAAUUAGAAGUAUGUUUUUAAAAGAGUCUAUUAAUAUGAAGAAUCAUUAUCAGUCAUCAAAUCAAAUAUUCAUUUAAUAGUUCGUUAAUUUAAGGUAAAACAAAUUUAUUUUAUGUAGGAAUGGUAUGGUUUAAUCUUAACUUCAGUGAUUGAUAUAGAUUAACUUGUGAUAAUAGGAUUUAAUAUUUUAAAGAAUAUAAAAUUUGUAGAAACUUAAUUAUAGAAUGCAUUUUAAAUAAAUCCACUUUCUAAUGAGUGUGAUACUUUGUAUAAUUUAUUCGCAAAAUAUCUAUAAUUUAAUAAAAUAAGACCAAAAAUGUAUAGACAAGAUGGGAAAUUAGUUUAAUAAUUCAUGCAUUCAAUAGAGAAGACAAUUUUUGAUCCUGGGAGUUGUGUAAUAUAAAUAACAUUAUUAUAACCAAGAGGAAAUGUAUUAAGAUAUACUAGGUCUUUUUAAUAAGCAAUUGGAUUUAAAGAUGAAGAAAUAAAGGAUUAAAAUAUUCAUAGAUUUAUGCCAUAAAUAAUAGCUGAUGAUCAUGAUAGAUAUUUAGAUAAUUUUGUAGAAAGAGGUAGAAUUAUAGUAGUUAGAUCAGAAGUUAGAGUUAUAUUAGGAAAAAAUAAGGGUUAAUUUUUAAUACCAAUAAAUACUAGAUUAAGAAUUGAAACUAGUCCAACUGAAUUUGGAGCAACAGCAUUAAUAACACCUGUGAAUUUAACAUUUGGUUAUAUGAUGUUGAAUGAAAAAGGGUAGAUAGAAGAAAUAACUUAAAAUAUUUUUGAAGAAAUGUUUUAAAAAAAUUUAGGAAUAUAAAUAGGUUAAUUAAGAGGAUUAGAUUGUUUAUUUUUUAUUCCUGAUUUGGCUAAAAUUUGGGAAGAAAUUUAUGAUGAUAAUUUUGACAAAUUAGAUAGAAAAUUUGAUUGUUAAUUUAUAAUACCAAUGGUUUCAUAAUCUAGGAGUAUGUCUCAAUCAUAAAUAUCAAAAGGAAUUUAAAAAAACCUUAUUUAAAAGUAAAUAUAUAGAAAUUUUGAAAAUUAACCAACAGAAAAUGCAAUUUAUCAAGUUAAUUUACAUGUAGUGAGUUUAGUAACAAUAAAUUUGAAGUAAUUUUAUUUUAAUAAUUUUAUUUAGAUUAGUGAUUUUAGAAUUGUAAGAUUUUAGAUUGCUUCCUAAUUAAAAAAUAACGAGUAAAUAGAUUAUUCAAUUAAGGGUGAGAACGACAUAAUAAUUCAAUAUUUCGUAAUUUUAAAAUUCAACUAGUUAUAGAGAAUAAUUAAGUCUACAAAAUUCACCCUGGGUUUUAGAUUGCGAUCUAGAAUAUAAUCUCUUAUAAGAAGAAGAGAGAAUGAUUGAUGAAGUUAAACAUCAAUUAGCAACUGUAAAUAUUACAAAUACAACUAAUCAUUAAUAAAUCUAAUUAAUUUAAUAUGCUUAGGAUGAAGAAGAUUUACUUCCAGAAUAAUAAUAAUAAUAAUAAGAUGAAUAGAUUAUAACAUCUGUAUUAAAGUUAGAUGAAGUUCGAAAAUAAGAUAAAAUUCAAAAUUAAAAUAUGUCUAUUGGAAGUCGCUCAUCUUAAAAUAAUUAAACUACACUCAAAAGAUAAAUGAAAGAUUGUAUUGCAGAUUAAACAAUCAUCAAUAAAAAAAUGGCUGUAGUUUUAAUUCUAUUUUACAGCAUUGUAAUUGGUUCCUAUGUUCUAAACUUUUUAGUUUUUUAAAAUAAUUAUCAAAAAAUCUAACUAAAUUAAUCAAAUUAGAAUUUACCUUAUUAAUUAUCUUACUUUUAUAAUGAAUUUAUUAUUUCUCAUUAUUACAAAUAGCAUUAAUAAAUUUUUUAAUUCACUGAACUUUAAUAAAUAUGUUUAGACUUCUAUUAAAAAGAAAUAAAAAAUGUUGAUAAAUCAUUAUAAAAUAUACCAGAAAUAUCAAAUUUACUAAGCAAACCUUUAAAACAGAAAGUAGUUGAUGUAAUUUAAUAGAUGGCUAAUAUUAUUAAAGUUGAAGGCAAAAUCAAUGAAUUUGAGUAUUUUAACAAUACAAAUGAUUUUUAAUGGAUUGUCUAAGCUUUAUAUUAAGCCGAUACAACUUAGAACAUUACAAAUAUAUAAUAUAUGUAAAUUUUAUUUAUUAUUUAUGACUAUAUUUUAUAGAGUAAUUGCUGAAGAAAUAGCACUUAUCUUAUUUAUAUCUUGGUAUGCUUAUAAGUGUAUUGUAAUAAUUUAGAUGAAAACUAAAGUAUACAAAUUAUUUAAUACAUUUACUACUGAUGUGAUCUAAGAAUAAUAUGUUAUUUUUUCAACAUUAUAUGCCUUAAUGAAUUCUUCAAAAUAUAAGAGAGGAGAAAAUUAUGAAGAUAGCUUUGAUUCUGUUAUAAAUUCAGCCUUUCUGAGAUAAAGUAGCCAUGGAUUAUUAGAAAAAUAUUAGAAAGUUGGAAAAAGAAUAAAAUAACUAAGUAUUUAAUAAUUUAUUAAGUAUAGAGAAUAAUUCAAUACAAAUAAUCUUUUUUUUGUUUGUUUUGAUAUUGAUAAUUGUUUGUUCUAUUUAUUUUGUUGGCAGCUACCUCUUACAUAAUGAUACAAUAGAUUCAAUAAUAACAUAAUUUAACGAUAAAAUCUUAUUUUCUAAGGCUUAUCAUGAAAUAACUCAAGCAUUUGCUUAAACAGUUGUAUUUUUAAAUACAAACAUAACUGAAGAAUAAAUAUAAAUUUAAAAUUCUACUGUAAUUAAACUUUCAGAAUUGAAGAAAAGGUUAUCUCUUUAUUAAUAAGAUGAGACGAUAUAUAAUUUAGUGACAAAAGCAGCUUGUGACAUAUUUAAUUAUUCAUUGUAAAUAUAAACAUAAAAUGUAAGGUCAGGUUUUCAAGUUUACGAUGAAUUAUUUUCUUAUGAAUAAUGUACAAGUUAUUCAAUAUUAAUGCGAGGAUUGAGUGUGACUUUUUCUGAUCUAUGUGAUUAAUAACUAAGAUUUUUACAAGAUAUAAUAAGUAAUAGUUCAAAAGAGUAUUUAAUAUCAAACUAUUACUCAGUUAGUUCAUAAAUUGAAAGGUUAUAUGAUUCUAUGGGAUUUUUUGUAAUUGUUGCAACCUUAACUAAUUAAAUCUAAGAACAAAUAUAAAAUAAUAUAGAUGUUAAUAUUAUUAUGGUAGUCUUUUCAGGAUUACUUAUGACAAUAUCAAUAAUAAUGAUGGUGAUGUCAAUGAGAAAAGUAAGGCAUGCUUAUUAAUCCAGCAAAAAGUUAUUAACUCUAAUUCCUUAUGAUAGACUUGUAGAAAAUGCCUACAUUAUCAGCUUUAUUUAAUAAGAUAUUAAACUAUAAAAUUGAUG